GGAAGCGCGGCAGAGCAGUCCAACACUGCCUGGGUUUGAAGUGGAAGAGGAGUUUCCAGAGUUAUGGCCAAGUCUGGGUCGAGGCUGGGUUCCGAGAGCGUAGCUGCAGCCACUGUGCUAAAACGAGCAGUGGAGCUAGAUUCCGAGUCCCGAUACCAGCAGGCUUUGGUGUGUUACCAGGAGGGGAUUGACCUGCUCUUGCAGGUUUUAAAAGGCACCAAAGAUGAUACAAAGAAAUGUAAUCUCAGAGAAAAAAUUUCUGGCUACAUGGAUAGAGCAGAAAACAUAAAGAAAUACUUGGAUCAAGAAAAAGAAGAUGGGAAAUAUCACAAACAAAUUAAAAUAGAGGAGAAUGCAACAGGUUUCAGUUACGAGUCACUUUUUCAAGAAUACCUUAAUGAGACAGUUAGAGAAGUUUGGGUAGAAGAUCCUUAUAUUAGACACACUCAUCAGCUGUAUAACUUUCUUCGCUUUUGUGAGAUGCUUAUUAAGAGACCAUGUAAAGUAAAAACGAUUCAUCUUCUCACCUCCCUGGAUGAAGGCAGUGGGAAAGAACAACAAAUUAGUGGUCUGAAAGAAAUAAAAGAGUCACUCAGGAAUCAUGGAGUGCUGUUGGAAUUAGAAUACUCUUCUUCAAUACAUGACCGAGAAAUUAGGUUCAACAAUGGAUGGAUGAUUAAGAUUGGAAGGGGACUGGAUUAUUUUAAGAAACCACAGAUUCAGAUUACAUUCCUGCCAAGGAUUCUGAUGCCUGCCAAUUACAACAGAAGGAGAAUUUCUCCAAAAGAACAGGACUGGCUUGCCUUCUAGGUUCAUCUGGUCAUGGAUCCAGUCUUCUACAGCCAGAUUUUGGUAAACAUCAUUGGAAGCUGACUGUAAAAUGAGCCCCCUUUUUACUGUGUUUUUAAAGCCAGUUGCUGGGACCUUGAGGUUACAAAGUAACUGGAAGCAAUUCUUCUUUGAAAAUGGGAUCAGCAUGCUUUUAAAAAUGGAAGACAAACAAAUUAA